GGGAUUCUGAAAUCAAAGUUAUAUAACAUUAUAUAACACUAUAUCCAUUACCAGCUUUUGAUACCCUCUACUUCCAUGGCUAUCACCGAUUUCAACGAGAACAACCAAUCAAGAAGUAGUCAUGGAGAGGAAGAGGAAGAGGAAGAAAGACUAAGUGAAGAGUGCAAACAACUUCUUCUUUCUCUUCCAAAAGAGAAAGGUUGGAGAACCCCAUUUCUUUAUAAGUUCCAAGGGUUUUGGUGCCAAUCAUCUGAGAUUCAAUCAAUCAUGGCAUUCCAAAACCACUACCAAGCUUUUGAUACCGAUAUAGUCUUAGCCACAAUCCCAAAAUCAGGCACUACUUGGUUGAAAGCUUUGGCUUUCGCCAUUGUGAACCGGGAUCGAUUCCCGGUAGUACUAGUCCCUAAUGAUGAUGUUAAAGAUCAUCAUCAACACCCUUUGCUCACUUCCAAUCCCCACGAUCUUGUUCCCUUCUUUGAGUACAAGCUUUAUUCAAAUGGCCAAAUUCCUGACCUCUCAAAGCUCUUUCCUCAACAUCCAAGGCUUUUUGGAACCCACGUUCCUUUUCCUUCUUUGGCCAAUUCUGUGAAGAAAUCAAACUCCAAGAUCGUUUAUAUAUGUAGAAACCCUUUUGACACUUUUGUUUCUUCUUGGCAUUUUCUCAACAAAGUGAAACCUGGAUCUUUCCCUGCAUUUCCACUAGAAGAAGGUUUUGAUCUUUAUUGCAAUGGAAUUAUAGGGUUUGGUCCUUUUUGGGAACAUAUGUUGGGGUAUUGGAAGGAGAGCGUAGAGAAACCUGAAAAGGUCUUGUUCUUGAAGUAUGAGGAUCUCAAAGAAGAGACUUGUUUUCACUUGAAGAGACUGGCAAAGUUUUUGGGUUGCCCUUUUAGUUUGGAGGAAGAGAAAAAUGGGGUUAUAGAGGAGAUAGUGAAGCUUUGUAAUUUUGAGAGUUUGAAGGAAUUGGAGAUCAACAAAAAUGGGAGAUCAAUUAAGAAUUUUGAGAAUAAAAACUUGUUUAGAAAGGGUGAGGUUGGAGAUUGGAUGAAUUAUUUGUCUCCUAGAAUGUUUGAGAGAUUGUCUAAUAUUAUGGAAGAGAAAUUGGGAGGUGGAUUAAAGUUCAAAGUGUUUGCCUAAGGAGAAAAUCUUCGGCACAACGGUUUAUAUAUAUAAUUUCUAGCAAGUUCAUGUACAACAUAAAUAUUUAACGGCAUAAACAAUGCGGAUGCUACAAAAUAAUUUUUUUGUUUGCAACUCUUAGUUCCUUAUUGCACCAUGUUGCUAGUGCCACAAGUUUGUAGACAAAAAUUUUACUAAAAUUAGCUAGCAUGUAUUUUCUUUCGUUUAUAUUUUAUUUGGGUUUUUAUCCUCUAUUUAUUUGCUGUGAUGACCAAAAAAAGAAAAGAAAAAAGAAAGAAAAAGAAGAUGAAGCUUGCUAGCCAAGUUCAAAACAACUUGUACUAGGCAUUUAAGCCUUUUCGGUUUUAUAUAUAAAUUACUUCAUUAACACUAAAGUUGUUGGAAAAUUCCGUGGAUGAAUUAAUUAUAUUUCUGGAGAUCCUCAUAUUAACUUCUUUUUAUUUUUUCCUUCCUUCUUUUGGAUUUUGUUUAUAAAAUUUAAUAUAUAUGCAACAGAUGCAAUGGUGGUAUAUAUAUAUAUAUAUAUAUACACUCAUUCUCUCAACAAAUUCAGGACAACAUCACACAAUAUAUACCUUGCAGAAUGUUAAUAUCGUCAUGCAACUUGUCCUCGAUAAUAUAUAUUGGAAAAUUUUUCCCAUAUGAAAGAAGAAAAUUAUAUGUAUUACAUACAGAAAGAUAAGACACCAAGAAAGCUAGAUGAACACGAAAAGACAUUGAGAAAUAGUACUCUCCUUUUUUUUUUCUUUUUUUCUUUUUUCAAUGAAUGAUCACAGAUCUUGAUCUACAAAAGGGAAGAUAGCGGCGAACCACUUAAGAAAAUGAAUAUUGGAAAAGAAAUCUCCUACUCUUCAAACUUAACAAAUAAGCAUAUAGAUACACAUAUAUUUGUAUAUAUGAAAACCUACCAAAGAUCUUCAAGAACCCUGAUAUAUAUGCAGAAAACAAUCCCACGUAGAAUCUGGGAUGAGCAAGGCGUUACAAUUCAUGCCUUAUCGGUAACCAGGGAUUGCUGGAGAGAUCAGUGAGCUUAUUUAUGUUUCGAGAUGGAUUUAGUGAGACCUGCACAUCAUUGCUAGUUAAUUGGUCAUCAAAGGGAGAUAUAUAUCUAAACUCAGCAAGCAAGUUUGCUAAUCUCUCUAGAUCUCUCUCUCUCUCUCUCUCUCUCUCUUUCUCUUUCUCCAUAUAUAUAUAUAUAUAUACACAUCAAAUUUUUCCGCAAUGUGCAUUGACGACCACAUUAUGGUGGUGGUCAGGCCUCCUUCAAGCACUUACAGAAUAAUAUGGGCGUUCACGCCCAUCAUAGAAUCAUCUCGAUUGUGUUGUGUUCUUAUUUGGAUCUAGUAUGAGCCAGUUUGCAACUCAAUUCAAAAUGCUUGUCUAAGACAAGUGUUAAUUUCAAAUACGCUUCAUCAAUAUCAUAUUGUAAUCUUCUGCGUGUGCGUGUGUGUGUGUGUGUGUGUGUUGCCCAGUUUGUGUGUGUGUGUGUUGCCCAGUUUGUGUGUGUGUAAGCAGUAUUAGUAAUCAGUCCGGUCUCAUGAGAUAUAUAUAUAUAUAUAUAUAUAUAUGUAUAUAUAUAUAUAUAUAUGUAUUUCUUGAUAUAUUCACAAGACUUCGUUUUUGAAAACUUGUUUAAUGCAAAAUGAUAGAAUUCAAAUCCUAGCUAGACCCAUAUAAUAUGAUAGGGUUGUGUUGCUGAUUCUUAUGGAUAAAGAGAGAAAAAUAGUAAACGCCUGUAUAGGGUUUGUCAUUUUGUGGUCAUUUGGGUGGAACAUAUACUGACCCACAUACAUGUAUUCUGGUUGUUUGUUUUGUGCCAGACUCCUCUCGAACCUGUAACAUGGUGGACACAACUCAUCCACAUACAUAUAUUAAUGUCGUCUAAUGGAUCAGAUUAUAUGUAAAUCUAGUGGGGUGUAAUUUACCUGUUUUUUAUUUUACCUAUGAGGCUAUAACCUCUCACUUAAUAUUUGAAAGGUAUCCAUAUAAAUAAAUGAAUAAACUAUGAAUUAUAUAAAUUUUACUAAAUUUUGAAGUAAUUCCUAAGUUUCUCAUGAAGAGCUACAAAAAUAUUUAACGGAAUAAAAACUAUACUAACAUAUUCCCAAAAAAAAAAAAAAAAAAAAAAACCAACUACUAGGCAAUGAUUUUUUUUUUUUUUUUUUUUUUGGUAAUGGCAACUUGUGAUGAGUUGGUUAUCACGUUUUGAGCCUCUUAUUUUGGUACGUUAGAAAAACUCAUCACGAGUGACUUGCAAUAACUAACUAAAGUAUGCAGAAAGCAACUCUACUAGAUUUUCCCAUUAGAAAUCCAUUCCACAAGGAAAAAAAGUCUCUAACUCAGAUUAUUUAAGAUAAUUUAGCAUGCACAGAGCAUGUAAAAGCACCAUCCUAACUAUCCCAAUCUCUCUCAUUCUCCCCAAUUUGUUCUCCUGUCAACAAGUCAGCUUUACAUGUUGAAGUUUCCUUAACAACUAAACUUCGAGAUGUUUUUGGCAGACAAAGCCUCUUUGAGUAGAUGAGCCAGCUAUUUUAUAACUAAUUUCUGUACCAAACCAGAAACCCCACCAAGCAGCUAAAGCAUAUUUUGCUUCUAGGAGACAACCUCUACUUGCAUCCAUUUUCUUCCUUUUUUUGAUAUAUCUUCAUUUUUUUCAAUUUUUUUUCCUUUUUUUUUUUUUUUUUUUUUUUUUUUUUUUACAGAAA